AUGAAGGGACUUCGUAAACUAUCUAACUUUGAAGCUAUUACACCCAAAAGGGUGAAACCACAGAAGCAGGUAACCCUGACUUCAAGACACAUGGUGAAGAGCACCGGUCAAGCUCACACACAAGAGGGAAGGAACGAAAGAUUGAUUGAUCUGCUGCUAGUGCUUGUUGUUAAACGAGGUUCUGAAAGAAAGGGGCUCCUCCCCACAAAAGCUCUGCUGAGCUGGGCACAGAAAGACUUUCUGUCUACUCUAAACUUCAAGAUCAUGAGAGGGAGUGAAACUUGCUCGACCAUAGGGAGAGGGAGUUCCGUUCUCAUUCAUUCGACUAGACUGAGCGAGAGAUUGAGUGUGAACAGCUUCCUAUCAGACUACUAG